AUGGCUGAGUCUUCACAAAGUUUCGUGGAACUGUCAUCAGGUGUCAAUCAAGAUAACAGCCAAGAAUCAUUGGCGCCCGAGGCGAAGCAAAUGCUUGAGAAACAUUUCGAAGAGGUAACACCAUCUUCUAACAAUAAGGUAACCACUCCACAGAAUGCAUUUCAAGAAGCUGCCAAAAUAUCGCGCAAUAAAUUUGUGAAUAUGAGCGAAGCAAACGAAGAACUGCAAAGAGUGAAAGAUGAAAAUUUUGAACUGAAGAAAGAAAUUUUCAUUCUGAAGCGUGAAUUACCGAACGUAAUUGAUGCAGAUGGGAAGGACAUCAUUGCUGAGUACAUUGAAUGUCGCGAUAAGAUAUUUAACGCUGAAACACGACGUAUGGUGUUGGAGGAGGAGUUGAGAACCAUGAAAAUGGAGAUGAACGAUCAGAAGAGGAAAUUCGAACAGGAUCGGGAGGAGUUGAAUUGUCGUUGGAAGAAUGCAAUCGAGGAACGCGACUCACUCAGUGAAGAAUUGGCCAAAGUUGGUUAUUUUGUCAGUGAUGAAAGUAUUAGUAAUAAUAUUAACAUGAAGGAACGUCGUGAACUGUUCGCAAGUACACGUCUGACGAACAAGUUGCAAGUAGAGCUAUCAGCGCUUCAAUCGAACGCAAUUCAGCACUGCGUUUCAAGUGAUGAACAAGGUGACAGCACGCUGGAAAAUCUAUCGAUAAUGUCAACCAGGGACAAGGUGAUUGAAGAUCUCAAAGGCACAUUACUGGAAAUGACCGUUAAGGAGAGUGGUUUACGUGAUAAAGUUGACUCAUUGAUAGCUGAAAUUGAGAGUAGUAAAAAGAAAUUGAAUGAGGAAAAAGAAUUGAGAAUUUCUGCAGAGAGGAGCCUGGCCAAUCUUCAAAUUCAAUACGAUCAGCUAACUGAGGAAAAAAAGCUCGUUGAGAGCAAAUGGGAAGGUGAGAUGAAAAAAUGGAAGAGCGAUAUAGAUAAACGUGAUAAAGCGAUUAAUUCAUUAUUAAGAAAACUGGAGCAAACAAAUUCGCUUUUAAUGAUGAACUCAACGGGCAGAAAUACGAGAAAUGGUGACUCUGAGAUGAACAAUGAGGAUGGUGGAAUGAGUGCGAGCGAAGAAAUUGAUCAGAGCUCGAUAUGGGACGCGGAACGUUUGCGUGCCGAAAAUUCCGAAAUAAACAAGGAACUGGCUAGAAAUCAGCAACUGCCCACGAGUCAAUCGUUUACCGAUAUGAUGAAUCUGAAACAUAAAGAAAUCAGUGUUGGUGUAUCGUUCCAUAAGGAGAGCAGUAUCAGAGAGGAUGAAAUACGAACAAAUUCAAUGAUGAAUCCGAACGUUUCAGAAAUGGCGUCGAUGGCAGGUCUUUAUGAUUGUUCACUUGUUGCCGUACAACAUCUCGAUACCGUUGGCACAAAAAUAUCACAACUACACAAAAUUUGCUAUCGACUCUUCGAAAAACUGCGCGGUUGUGCUGAUUUCCUUCAGUCUUUGUUGGACCAACUCGGUAAUAGUGAGAAAGGACAAGCUCUAAUUGAUGAAAUCCAUGCGAUGCGUCUCGAUUUUGAUCAGUCGGAAAUGGAAGCAAGCGAACUUCUCAAAGGAGUUGAGGAGGCGAAACGUGGUAUCGAUGAAUUCAAGGAUGUUUUAAGCAAAUCGAUUGAAAUUUCAAUGAUAAACGUAUCGACUUUGGCGGUUGACGUGAGCAGUGAUCAAGAGAAAAGGAAUAUGCAGAGAAUGGUUGAAGAAACGCAAGCGGAACUGAUGCAUUUACAGUCAAAGCUCAAGGGGAACGAAUCGGAAAUGGAUGGAUUAAGAUCAGAAAUCGCAACACUCGAAAACGAUCGGACAAAAUUGAUUCAAAAUUUGGAAGAAGAGCGAAGCAGCAAAGAAGAAUUGGAACGAAAAAUGAACGAGUUACAAGAGGUGAUAUCGGCGCAGGAAGUCGAACAUACAACGCGCAUAAAAGAAUUCGAAUAUCAAGUGAAUGACCUAGAGAAUCGAUGUGUUGAUGCAGAACGGGAAUUACAGCAGUCGUGUGAGCAAAUUCGAUUGCUCGAGAAGCAUCUUGAGGACAGUCAGAAGUCAUUAUGUAGCAGAAACGUCGAACUGGAGAAGAAUGUCGCAAAGUUGAAAUCAAAAGAAGAAGAAAUGAAUCGUUAUGAAAUGGAGUUGGCGUUGUUAGAGCAAAAGACCAAUCAUUUGGUUACGUCGUUCACCUCAAAAACAACCAAGCGUCUUCGAAAAACUCAAGAGAAUGCUGAAUCUAAUAAAGAUCACGCAUCCGAAGACGUACAGGCGACAGCAACUGAACACUUUCCGCAGAUUUCUCUCAUCAGUAGUCAUUUGAAUUGUUUGGUUGGAGAGUUGGAUCGCGUUCGUGCUGAGCUGGACAUGUCGAGGAAGGAUCGCAAUAUCACCGAAAACAAAUAUCGUGAUUUGGUUGAGGAGUUAAACGCUGCUUCGGCUAUGAGUGAAGAGCUGAGCAAUAAAUCACAAAUAUUCCAGCAACAAAUCAAAACGUUGGAGAAGUUACUCGAAAAGCGCACUGCCCCACCAGUUCAGUCAAAACGUACACAGAGCGAUUUAAGAGCUACGGCAAUUGGUGCUCUUGAAGCAAAUGUUAAGAAACUUGAGAACGAAAACACGGCUCUCAAAGAGAAUUUCAACGCAAUGUGUGCAACGGUAGCCGAAAGUGAUGGCGGAUCGGUUGCAAGCAAAAAUUUGAAAGAGUUCUCCAAACAGACUCAACAACGCACCUGUUUCACUACGACCAUUGGAAGUUGCACUUCAUUAAGUGCAUCGGAGAUCACCGAAAUUGAAAAACAGCUUAAAGCGUAUGAAGAGUUCGCCACCAAAGUGUACGAAUUCAUCAGAAAAUGGAAUAAAACUCCACAGAAAGCAUCCAAGACAUCAUUCUCACCAGCUGACCUCAAUCAAUUGUACAAAAAGUUACUUCGAAUUCACGAAAAAAUCGAUGAGCAAAUUGAUCAAUUAAAAGAUCGGAUCAACACCAAAGAUCAACAGAUCGAAAUGAUAGCAUCAUCCAAUCCGCCUUCAGCGAAUAAGAAAGAAUCACAGUCGGUCGAACAUCCACCAGUUAAGUCUCCAGAAUCUAAUAAAACCUCAAUUAGUGACGAACAUAUAUCGGCAUUCCGAGUUGAAUUGAGUGAAAGCGAUUUCAACGAAACGUUACUUUCAAGCAACUGGAUUGUACAAGCUGUCAAGAAACUUAUUGAAAACAAACCUCUGAAGGAAAGAGAGCACAUUUUGAAAGAGAUGUUAGAAAAAGGACGAAACGUUCGAGGCCUUCUGACAACUUUAUGCAAUCGUAUCGAACGUUACGAGCAGGCUAAGCUGGAGCAAAAAGAAAAUAUGGAUCCCAAUGUUGAUACGUUGGAUACUUUCAAAAAUGAAAAUAUUCGUCUUCAGUUGGCAUUGGAUGAUGCACAAGAGACGCUGAAAGCAGCGUACGAAAAACUCAGUGCAAAGCCGGAUUCAACAGAGAUGAGUGAGCGCAUCGUACACGAACUGCAGAAAAUACUCCGAACAAUGAAAUCGACCAAACGCGAUGCACGCCUUUUGGACCGCAGAUCAAAGCGUAACUCGUCGGAAAGCGAUGUGAGAAAGUGA